CAUAACCACACUGCCUGUUUUCUCUUAACUAGGAAUGAUUCUCAUUGAGACGGUGAGCUUUUUCGACCUUCAGCUACAAAUGUACUAUGAUCCUCACGAGAGUAUGUCGACAACAAAUGCUGCUGCUCUUGCGGAGCAGAUUACCGCAAUCCUAGCCGAAGAACCUGUCAUCAUCCUCUUCAUCUUCGGUCGCUUUACACAGACGAACGAAAAUGUGGUUUUUGGAUAUCACCUUCCAUGGUAUGACUCCCCUGAUGAGGGGUGGAAUCACAGUCUCCUGAUCCAGUUAAGUCCCGUCCUUGAUUUUUUUCAAGGUUAUAAUACCGAGCGGUCAGGUUUUAAACCCGACGAGAACGAAACCCUUAUUUUCGGAGGGAAGGGGACCUCCCUCAAUUGUCUCUUCUGGGAAUGACGUUUAUGGUGCGACGUCUUGGAGGGGAGAUUGGGAGAUAGAUGUACAACUGGAGAUCGAGAUUUGUCCCGAGGUAUGAUAUAGGUUCCUGUUGCCUUUCUGUUAAAAGGAUGUGGAAUAUAAUACUUGAUAAUUGGAUACAAGCGGACUGCACAUUUUAAUCACGGCAAAUACUAUCCUAACGGAUAAGACACUAUUUCAAUCUCGCCUCAACAACGCCCACCGGCACCCCCUUAGCUCUCCACACCUUAACUAAUCUCAGCCCGGAAGUAUCAAGAAGCCUCACCCAAUCCUUCUCCGUGCGCUCCACACCCCCAAAAGUCAUCAUGGUAUGGUCCAUCCACGCAAUUGACAUCGUCGACCCGACCUCCGGGACGAUAUACUCCGUAAUCAAGACUCGGGAUCUAUCGCGGUCCAUAGACGCAGCGAGGUUCUGGAGAAUCUGACGGGAUUCAGGCUCGUCGGGCCAAUCAUGCAGGCACCGCCGGA